AUGAGAACACAGCGAUUGAAAAACAAGCAUUCAUCAUUUUUGGCUCGCUUCAGUGAAUGUUCGCAAGAGACAUGGUCCGGUGAGGAGUUAUCUUUGGGUAGAAAUAGAGAUACGUCUUCACCAGGACUUUGGCGCUUCUCUUCCUGUGGCCUUAGGCUACAACAUUUUAAGCCACUUUUGAUUUGUUUUGCUCUUCCAGUAGAACCUCCUUUAAACUCGGAGAUAUGUGUUCAAGCCUUUCUUCGACAUCCCUCCGAAGCUGCUGCACAAUCCUCAAUUCUCGUUGCAUUUAUCAAAUGCCUCUAUUCACCUUUGCGACUUUAUGAUUUCUGCGCAAAAGUGCACUGCACUUUGAGGCUUGUUGGUGUGAAGGAAACAAAAUAA